AAACACCUAAAACGACGCGAUGAUCAGCGAUGACCGGCAUGAAGCAUGACUGCUCUCAAGUCUCAGCUGGUCUCAGCCUUCUCAGGUUCCUUUGUUCCUUUCUGCUUUGAAGUCUAAAUAAAACGAUGCAAAGGACAAGCAGCUGAAGUUGUCUGAAGAAAUUAAGGUUAACUAACUUACAAAAGGAUGUCCGCCGAAGAAACUUUUGAGCAGACAAAUGGACAAACGGAUGAACGGACAAAUCAACGGACCUAUGAACGAACGGACGAACAUACGGACGACCAGAUCAACACUUUUGAGGAUGAAGAAGCAGAGAUUCCAAUCGGUGGAACUCUGCCUGGUGGAAGAAAACGUCUCUUCUCCAAGGAAUUGCGCUGCAUGAUGUAUGGUUUUGGUGAUGAUCAGAAUCCUUAUACAGAAAGUGUUGACUUGUUGGAGGAUUUAGUUAUAGAAUUUAUAACAGAGACGACACAUCGAGCCAUGGAGAUUGGACGCACAGGGCGAGUUCAAGUGGAAGAUAUUGUAUUUUUAGUAAGAAAGGAUGCCAGGAAAUAUGCCAGAGUAAAAGAUCUUUUAACAAUGAAUGAAGAACUUAAGAAAGCAAGAAAGGCUUUCGAUGAAGUUAAAUAUGCAGAAUAACGUCAUUGAGUCCUACACCUUGGUAAGAAGAACCACACAAUGCCAGGGGAAUACGAUGUGUGGAAAUGUAAUUGUGGAUGCGUUUCACACGUGCGUUGUGACCCACGAUGUGCUGCGGAAUACAGUCCUUCAAUAUGGCAACAUUGUGUGCGACUGGUUCCUCCUCGAUUUGUAAGAUAUUCUUGGUGUGAUAAAUUGCCAUCAUUAGCAAUUGCUCCUCUGACGGAUUCUUUCCAAAAUAUUUCUCAAACCACGCACCUCCCAUCAUUACCGUCAAUACCUAAAAUCAUAGUCACAUUUUACAUGUAAUUUAUUCUGACUGAAAAUAAUAUUUUUUUACGUGUUGCAUAAUUUAUUAUUCUCACAGCUUUGUAUGUGUAUAAAAAUAAAAAUUGCAUUAGAAAUAAAGACUGAAUUGUACGAAUAAA